CUUCCUCCCCCUCCUCCUGAGCCACACUACACUGCAGCAUCGGAGCCCGGCGCGUCUCCUGGAUGGAUCCGUAGAGGAAGCUCCCUUCCCUUUCCUCUCCCUACCCAACACCCUCCGUCAGCAUCACCUCCGAACACGGCACCUCCCGCGCCACGAUGGGCCGCGAGCCAUCCCUAACCGCGUUGUUGUUGUCGUUGUGAGGACAUCUGGAUAUCUCAGCUAUCAAAUAUGAAUCAUGCGUUUGAUAUUUCUGCCCACUUUGCUCGUCAGCGUCCUCUCGCCUGGGCUCCAUCCAUCACUCGCCUCAUCCGCUUCACGAGGAGUCGAGGACAAGGUUGAGAGGGACGCAGAGCAAGCAGUGCUGGAGCAACAGGCGACUGCAGCACCAGCCCCAGGCAACACAACCCAGCAUGCAGAGGAGCACGCCAUCACCUACCCCUCACGCCUCAUCUACUACCUGAACRAGGACUCGGAGAGCACCUACCAUGACCUCAGCACUCGGGCCAAGAACCAAGCCACCUCGGACCAGCCGGUCCACCUCGCCCAAGUCAGUUUCCAGUUGGAGGCGUUUGGCUCCAUGUUUGUUCUGGAUCUGAAACUAAACAAUGACCUGCUGUCUUCAGAUUAUGUUGAGAUCCACUAUGAAGAUGGGAAACCAGUUCUGUCCAAGGGCGGUGAGCACUGUUACUACCACGGCCAGGUGAGGGGGAGCGAUGACUCCCACGUGGCCUUAUCCACCUGCAGUGGGUUGCACGGGAUGUUUGACGACGGACGCCAUGUGUAUCUAAUCGAGCCCUUACACCAGACCCAUUCACUCGAAACAGCUGCAAGGCCUCACAAGCUAAGAAGAGCAGCUUCCAGCCUGUGGAGCGGUGAUUCAGAGGAGCAGGUGGAGGAUGAACAGCUUCUCUCAGAGCUCGAUGAGUGGUCCUGGCUGAAGCGCAGGAAAAAGCGAGCAAUGCCUCGCAGCGUAUUUGAGGAGAUGAAGUAUUUGGAGGUCAUGAUCGUCACAGACCACAGUAUGUAUAAACGGCACAAAAACAAGCAGCACACAAGAAAUUUUGCCAAGUCGGUUGUGAACCUUGUGGACGGCAUCUUCAAAGACCAGCUGCACACACGGGUGGUGCUCGUUGCUUUGGAGAUCUGGACCGACAGGGAUCAGAUCCCCAUCAGCGUGAUGCCGCUGGAGAUGCUGCGAGACUUCUCCAAGUACCGCCAGCAGAGCAUCAAGCUGCACGCAGACUCCGUGCAGCUCCUCUCAAAUGCCACCUUUCACUACCGCAGAAGCAGCGCCGCCUUCUUCGGAGGCCUGUGCUCUGUGAGCCGUGGAGUGGGGGUCAAUGAGUACGGCUCCACCCCGUCCAUGGUGGUGUCUGUGUCCCAGAGCCUUGCUCAGAACCUGGGGAUUCAGUGGGACCCAGCAGCCAAGAGAAAAGAAUGUGGCUGUGCUAACUUGUGGACGGGCUGCAUUAUGGAGGACACUGGUGUCCAACACCCGCAGAAGUUCUCCAAAUGCAGCAUCUCUGACUACAAGGAGUUCCUCCUAAAAGGUGGAGGCUCGUGUCUGUUUAACAGGCCAACCAAGCUGUUCGAGGUGGCACACUGUGGGAACGGCUUUGUAGAGGCGGGAGAGGAGUGCGACUGCGGACUGAGAGCGGACUGCUACAAAGAAUGCUGCAAGAAGUGUUCCCUCGCCAAUGGGGCACACUGCAGCGACGGGCCCUGCUGCAACCACACAUGCCUGUUCUACCCUCGAGGUUACAGCUGCCGCUUCGCUGUGAACGACUGUGACAUCUCAGAAACCUGCUCUGGAGACUCUGGACAGUGUCCUCCCAACCUACAUAAGCAAGAUGGUUACUUCUGCCAGGUAAACCAGGGUCGAUGUUACAACGGAGAGUGCAAAUUCAGAGAGAACCAGUGUAAAUACAUCUGGGGAUCAAAGUCUGGAGGCUCGGAGAAGUUCUGCUAUGAGAAGCUGAACAUUGAGGGGACAGAAAAAGGCAACUGUGGAAAAGAUGGAGACAGAUGGCUUCAAUGUAGCAAACACGAUGUGUUCUGCGGUUAUCUUUUGUGCACUAACGUGGGGCGGAUCCCACGCAUCGGAAUGAUGAAAGGAGACGUCACCCCCACCUCCUUCAAUCACCAAGGCAACGUGAUACAGUGCACGGGUGCCCAUGUCCUUUUGGACGACGACACUGAUUUAGGCUACGUGGAGGAUGGGACUCCCUGUGGGCCAUCAAUGAUGUGCCUUGACCGCAAGUGUCUGCCCAUCCAGUCGCUCAACAUGAGCUCUUGCCCCAUUGGACCCAACGGGCAGGUGUGCUCCGCCCACGGGGUGUGCAACAACGAAGCCACGUGCACCUGCGACGACACCUGGGCCGGGACAGACUGCAGCAUGCCCGACCCGCCCAAAGAGCCCGACGUCGCGCCGGAUGAAGAACCCAAGGAAAUGUCAAGAAACGGCGUUACGACCCCAACGCCCAGGCCAUUUAAUGGAGGUGAUGAUGUCGCUGGACUUCUGCAAGGCUUUUACCUGACAGCUGGACUGCACCUAUUGCUGCUGAUUUUUGUCGUUAGUUUUACUUGAAAAAGACAUAGUGGACAUCUUAACAGAUUCCAUUGUAGUGACAUUAUAAACGCAGCCUUUUCAACUUCCGAUGUAAACACCCACCCCGACGUCUCCACCCUGAUCCCUGCGGAGCGACGGAGCUCUUCAACCCUCCUUUAGUGCCAGUGCACAGGCGUUCAGGCGGAAUCCACACCAUUCUCUCACCUGGCAUGAUUAUCCACACAAAGUGUGCUGCUUGCUGGCCCCCUUAGCAUGAAGAGCCUUCUAUGCAGGGCUCGGCAUGGCUACCAAAGCGAUCAAUUUAAAGCAAAAAAGACAAAAAAAGUAAACUAUUGCAGGAGAAAGCCUCGUUACAAACCAAACCCACUGGAAAGCCAGUUAAAACUCCUACAGGUCAUGUUCAGGGGCUGCAUGCAAGGACAGUGCAGAUAGUGUAGACACACACAAAAACUGUACACUAAUAAGGAGUUCAGGUUAGUAACURACAUCGUGUUUCACAAGGACUUCAGCUGCUUUUCUUUUCUAUUUUAGGCAGUUUAUUUUGCAACGUAACCGAACAUUAAUUGCUUGUGUGAUUUGGGCCGAAAGGAUGGGAGUAAGUUAAGGUUCACAGCAGAGCAGCUGUGGCGGUGACGAGAUCCCCCCCAGAAGUAUUUCCAACGGUGACUCCAAAGCCAAAGAACCAAUCACCUGAACGUAUGGAUGUUGUUGCACACAGAGCACUUUCCCUUUCCUCUGUCUGCAGCCAGCGGUGCCUCUCUGUCUGCUGAGGGCAUGAAGUCUGUCUGUGCAGGCGCUCACCAGUCCAGCCAGGUCUCCUGACAGUCCUCAUCAACACCCACUCUUUUUUUCUGGCUUAGCCUUUUGCUCUCAUAAACUCUUGGUAGGAAUCAAAUUCAGCUCCUUUGGUAACGCUGCAUGCAAUCACUAUAGUGGGCUUAUAAUUCUAUAUGGGAGUCCCCAAAAAUCUGCAAGAAAAAAAAUGCUACAAAAGGUAGGUGCAUGUCAACAACAAGGACAUUUAACUUUUAUUUACUAUGCAAAAAAGAGAUAUUGCACAAAAGAAAGGGUAAUAGUGACAACAACGUAGACAUGGAAUAACGAAAUCAUCCACGGAUCAGCUCAAUAUUUUCUAUUUGGCCACUCUUUUCAUUUCUCUUCAAAUGGAGGAUGGAUGUAAAACUUAAAAAGUGAAAAAAAAAAGUUCCAGUUCAAAACAGGAGAGCACCCUUUUCCCAUUUGUGGAAAUGAAAGAGUCAUGUUUUGUGUGUUUUUUCCAUCCAGUUUGAAAUUUUUAAACCACACACAGACACAGAUAGACACACAGAGUGUAUGGUGUCUGAACAGUUUCCUGGUUCAGAACCAUUGUUUCCAGUCCAGCUGAUAGUUGGUGUCGUCCAGGUGCUGCCAUGGCGCUGGCAUCGUAAUCCUCCAUGUUGCUCAUUGUCUGGUAUCCCUCUCUCACUCCAUCAUGUACAGUUGGACCCAUCAAUAAACAACUGACAAAUUUUA